GAGCCACCACUGGUGUAUAAUACAGUGAAACAGGGUCAUUACACCGAGGACUAUGUGGCCAUUUACAAACAGGAUUCCCUACGAUAAACUGUUUUGAAAAUCGGUAAUCCUCGGAAUCAAAAUCCAGCCCUGGUUUUCUUUUCUACCGGGUAGUUAGCUGCACAAUGCUACUAUUUAUUGGUCUGAUUGUCUUCACACCUGCUGAAAGGGUUUUUUAGCCCGACACUGACAGCGCAGUUGUGCCCUUGGCGGAUCUAUUUUGCAGCGUCAGGUCUGAAAGAGACGGCCAAUAUUCAGGGGUGGUGUCAGGCUAUUAACACUUACUGAUGUAUGCCGCCGAUUAGUUCAUUAGUUGCUGUCAAUGUGAACGCAAACACAUUCUAAGUUGAAUUUCAUUAAACGAUAGACUAAUAGAAUCUAUAGUCUCCAUUCAACCUUUUUUACAUUGCGGUCAUAAGUUUGCAUGUGUGGAGUCUGUAUCCUACCAAAGGUUUCCUGCGAUGCUGCGCUUCCUCUCUCCCUGCAUGUUCAGAGCCUUUAGCACAGUCCGCGCUAACUAGUCUGAGAUGUGCGGGGUUUUAAUGGAGAUAGCCCUUGGUGUCUAACGCGCGCCCGGGAUGUGCACGGAGGGGAAUGGAAUCUGCAGAGGUGGCACACGCGCCCCAUUCAAAGGACGCGCUGCGACGAGUGAAAGCAUGAGCUCUGUUUCUCCGGAGUAAAAGCGGACGAAGCUAGAACUUGGAAUAAAUUAACAGCGACAAUGACUCAAAAUGAGAUGGAGAUGCAGCAGCCUGCCCCGCGGUCUCGUGGCUUGAAGCUGUGGAGUGGAUUGAGGCAGCAGUGGAGGCUCUUGGGCCUUUUCGAGAUCGACCAGCAGCACCCCUUCCACAGCCUCACCUGCAUGAUGAAGGAGGGCCUUUCUGCCGCUGUGCAGAACAGCAUCGACAACCCGCCCCUGAAUGAACUGUCUGAAGAGGAUUUUAAACAGGAGGUUACUCAGAUCCACAAGGGAUUCAGGAUGCAGUCAUUUGCAGGCCCGGUGUUUGCCAGUCUCAGACGCUCUCUGGGUCUGACAGAGAAAGAGUAUCAGAGCUCUCUCUCCUGCACCGGCUGCUACCUGCAGUUCAUCAGCAACUCAAAGAGCAAGGCUGACUUCUUCUUAACUAAUGACAAGCGGUUCUUCCUGAAGACGCAGAGCGAGCGGGAGAUAAAGUUCCUCCUGUCCCACCUGAAGGUCUACAUGGAGCACCUGGAGCGAUACCCUCACUCCCUGCUCGUCAAGUUCCUGGGUGUCCACAGGAUCAAAGUCCCUCGGAGAAGGCAGAAGUACUUCAUCAUCAUGCAGAGCGUCUUCUACCCUGACAAGAGGAUUGUGGAUCGGUAUGACAUCAAAGGCUGUGAGGUGAACCGCUGGACUGACCCGGCCCCUGAGGGAAGUCAGGUGAUCAUGGUUCUGAAGGACAUGAACUUUGAGGGCCAGUUCAUCACUCUGGGCCAGCAGGGCUCCUGGCUGCUCCGGCAGGUGGAGGUGGACACGGCCUUCCUGCAGGAGCUGAACGUGCUGGACUACAGCCUGCUGCUGGCCCAUCAGCCCCUGCACCAGGACGAGCGCAGCCAGAGCCUCUCCUUCGCCACCCUCAUCAUGCGCACCACCAAGUCCUGGUCUCUCUCCAACACAAGAAGAUCGACAGGCAGGCUGGCGAGUACAGGCUCAAGCCCCACCCUGACGGGUGCAGAGGAAGACUCCGCCCUGCUGGUGUCCGGGGCGUCGCCCGGCUACGGAACGGCCCCCGGGAGCCCCGAGGCCCGGCCGGACUCCCCGGACUCGCCGGGGCCCCUGGACUUCCGGGCGCAGAACCGGCGGCUCCUGGGCAGCUUCAGGAACCCGCUGCACGUGAUCGACGGGCCCGAGGAGCGCUACUUCCUGGGCAUCGUGGACGUGUUCACGGUGUACGGCCUGAGGAAGCGUCUGGAGCGGCUGUGGAAGAGGCUCCGUCACCCGCGCCGCUCCGUCUCCACCGUCAGCCCCCCGGCCUACGCCCGCAGACUCGGCCAGUGGGUGCGCUGCCACGUCCGGUAGGGCCAGCGCUCGGGGGCGGGGGACCUGGACCGGGGGGGAGUCUCACGUGCCAUUGGCUCAGGUGGUAAGAGCAGUAGGAGGGUUGCCGGUUAGAUCCCGCCCCGGCUGUGUCGAAGUGUCCCUGAGCAAGACACCUAACCCCCGGAUGCUCCUGACGAGCUGGUCGAGCUAGUGUGUGUGUGUGUGUGAAUGGGUGAAUGAGAAGCGUCAAUUGUAAAGCACUUUGGAUAAAGGUGCUAUAAUUAACAUUUACCAUUUACGUGGGAUUGGUGCAGAGGCUGCUCUCAGAUCUCCAAGGGCUUCAGUUAGGAACUGAGAAAAUGUCAGUCUGACAGUUAUCAAGAUUUGGUUUUGUUACAAAUAAUGCGUUUGGCAAAAACUUUUAACCCACACGAUAUGCAAAGGUGCACUUGGUAAGCAAACCGUGAGUGACUGAGAACUAAAGCAAAGAUAAAAUCAGCAUUGCACUUGAGAUGUGUGCAGCGAGACCUGCAAAAUAAAGUGAGGUCAUGGGAAUCUGUGCAGCAGUAUCAGAAAAAGCAUCAGUUCCUUCAGUGUGCUGCUCUAAAUGCUCAUGUGCAUCACCCUUACAGAUAUGAUUUUUUUGCUAAAUCAAACUGUUGUCCAGGCUUUUUAUAUUUUUGCGCAGACCGACACACUGUCUACUUUUUAAAGGUGGGACUAAAAUACAAAUCUCAGCUGUACCUUAUCUGAGAAAGGGCAGUGGGGGCACAACCUAGUUCUAGUCCAUCACCAAAGUGUCUAGGGGGGAUGUGUUUUCAAUGGCAGUGCCUACGUUGCUCUGUUUGAGCCCCCGGCAGUAUUGAGAUACAGACCGGUUCUGCUUCAUCAUGGUCUCGGAACACACCGCACCACGAUGCCAUGUAAAAAUCAAAAUGGAGGUUUAGAUUGAGCCCCCAAGCCAUUCUGAAUAGGAGCAGUGCCUUAACUGGGUGAGCCACCUUCAGCCUGUGCUUCCUAAACGACCGUGGCUGGACUUGCUUACACCAAUGCACAUACUGCAGACUGACUUACACAUUUCUCACCCUUUAUUCGCUCACAUUUAUCGCCUUUAUCACCUGACUUUUGGUACAAUGGCAGACCUUGGUUUAUUCAGGCUGGUUUACAGAUAGUAAAUAGUCAUAUAUUAUAACCGUUUUAAAAUAAUAUUCCUCAUUUUCGUUUUUUUUUCUUGUAUUGUUUUAUUCUCUCUGUUGCCUUUAGUGAUAAAAAAUCGAUUGUGAGGUUUUAUAUUUGUAUGUGUGGUAGGAAUCAUUCCUAUUCCUUUUGUGGCACAAAGACUGAAGACAUUUUGGGAUGCCGUUUGAGUACUGCAUGCACUCAUUGGACUGCACUUUGACUCAAAGGCAAAAGACAUUUGGGGGUGGCCCGUAGUGUAGUGGUUAAGGUACAUGACUGGGACCCACAAGGUCGGUGGUUUGAUCCCCGGUCUAGCAAUAAGAUCCGCACAGCCGUUCGGCCCUUGAGCAAGGCCCUUAACCCUGCAUUGCUCCAGGGGAGGAUUAUUGCCUGCUUAGUCUAAUCAACUGUACAUCGCUCUGGAUAAGAGCGUCUGCCAAAUGCCAUUAAUGUAAUGUAAUGUAACAUUUUGGCUUGAAUCGUGUUUAGCUGGGGUAUAUAUGGGUAUAUUACAUUGUAAUAGUAAAUAAUAUUAUUAUAAUCAUCUUAAAAGUCCUUGGCCCUUAAUAAUACUUUUCCUUCCCUUGUAAGCUACAAAAUAACCUUGUUUUCCACGCUCAAUGUUGCACUUAAUUUGUCUAGCUCCCCUGAACAUGCCAACUGUCCACUUGUUUUUGUGGAUUUUGGACCAAAGUGCACCAAGUGCCACAGUCUACUGACAGAAUAAUAACAGCAAUAAAUGUGUUGAUGAUGAUGUCAUCAACAGUAAUACUUUCA